AGAGCCGCGAAGAGUACGCUCGCGUCUAUUACGUGGUGUGUUUAUAGUGAAGUGGAUUUUGUGAUGAGAUUAUCGAAUGUCGUGAAGUGAAAGAUAGUGUUGUUUUAUCAAAAAGUGCAACUCGUGGGCUGUACAAUGUUUAUGGUUAAUUUAUAGUGAUUUAAUCAAAAUGUGUGAAUCACAAUUGUGUGCAAAAUUGAUUUAUGCCACGUAGUGACGCGAACGGGUAAUGAUUCCUAAUGUGGAGUUCGAAGCAAGAUGGUUAGAGAGACUCGGCACCUGUGGGUUGGAAAUUUACCCGAUAACAUUCGAGAAGACCGAAUAAGGGAGCACUUCAAACGCUAUGGCCGAGUCCAGAAUAUCAAAUUAUUGGGUCGGGCUGACAACAUUACCGCUGGCGUCAAUGCCGGAGGUGCCAGUGGCAUAUGUGCAACGGUUGCCUUUAUGGACAUCAAGUCUGCAUCAAAGGCACAUAAUGCAGAGCACGUGUUGGACGAACGUACGCUUACCACUGAGUAUUAUGAACCGGCAGCGAUACCUUCGGCUGCAGGAGCGCCUUCGGCCGGCUCAUCCCCUGCCGGUUCAGGCUACUCAGGUUCUUCGUCCUCCGUGAAUUCUACCCCUGCUCCCGCUUCCGUGUCACGCUACCACUUAUCUGGCGGAGAAGAUAGUUCGAGCAAUACAUGUCCAAUAGCAGCUUCGGCGGCUGCCCCAGCUACGUGGCGUGGUACUAAUGACAGCGCGACUGAAUAUUGUCGUCGUGGUAACACUCCCGCCGCAUACGGCAGGUAUCAGCGCAACAACUCCACUGCUCCAUAUUCCACUCCACCAUCGAAUGUUGAAAGAACAACUCCACAUCAUCGCUGGUAUGCAAGUAGCGAUAGAGUCGCUGGCGCGACUGGUGGUGAAAGCACACCUAGCACUCCUGGUGGCGGUACUGAAGGGGGGCGGCGGCGACGCAACUCUGGUUCUGGCUCGUCACGUUCCGACUCUAGUUCGCCUGAGCCAAGUGAUACUUCACGUGCCUCAACACCAGCCACCCAAACGCCGUUGUCUCAUCAUAUCAACCAUCGUACGCCACCGUCCUUACAACAUCAAUGGGCGUCAACAGCGAGUGGUAGACCUUUGGCUAUCUGUGUGCGGAAUCUUCCGACACGAUCUACAGAUAGUUCUUUGAAGGACGGACUUUACCAUGAAUACAAGAAACAUGGGAAAGUAGUAUGGGUUAAAGUAGUGGGUCAGAACGCCGAUCGCUAUGCUGUGGUGCGUUUUAAAAAGCCAUCUGACGUGGAGAAGGCAUUGGAAGUAUCACAGGAUAAACUUUUUUUUGGCUGUAAAAUCACCGUCGCGCCUCAUCAAAGCUGUGAUGAAGAUGCGGAUUCAGCUAAACCUUACGAGACUGAUAUCGAUGAAUACCACCCGAAGGCUACAAGGACGCUAUUUAUCGGUAACUUAGAAAAAGAUGUAACGCAACAGCAACUCCGAGAAAAGUUCAAACACUUCGGAAGAAUUAUCGAGAUUGAUAUAAAAAAGGGAAGCAGUGGUGGUGCUGGAUAUGCCUUUUGCCAAUACGCUUCUAUUUCGAGUGUAGUGGAGGCCAUACGAGCCAUGGAUGGUGAAAACGUCGGAGGCUCACGCGUGAAACUUGGCUUCGGCAAACCCGUUGCAACUACAUGCGUAUGGGUCGACGGUCUUACAGAACAUACGGAGAAGCAGGUGCUGAGCGCGGUGUCACGGUGCGGUGGUGCCACGUCGGUGUGCGUGGACCGGGCGGCGGGCGCAGCACUGGUGCACUUCGAGCAGGCGGCAGCGGCGGGCGCAGCAGUGCGGGAGUUGCGCCGCGUGGCUGCCGCCGUGUCGGCAGCUGAGCCUGACCACCCGCGCCUCUGUGUCGAUUACGCUUCACGCGAGUGUCAGGAGGCGUUUUACGAACAAUUGGAGAAGCAUGGAGGUUCAGCGGCGUUGACGGGUUCUGAAAGACUGAGUGGGGAUCUUACAACGCGAUAUCUUCCAUCUGCACGUCAUGAACCCAUUCGGUUUGACGGGACUGGGUCCCGAUCGAGAGCUUCAAGCUACGGUCGCGGAUCGUCUAGAACUCCACGCUAUUCGACACUAGAACACUACGAUCCGGCGGAUUAUGCUGCCGAUCGACGGUACAGGGUAUAUGAUGAUGUAGGAACCAGCCCACAAACCGAAGAUACGCCUUACGAGGAAAAGCUACAGUCUGUGGUAGUGUCGCCUCACCACGCACGGCGUCAUCGACGUGACUCUAGUCCUGACGACAGGAAGCACUCCAAGGAGCGGCACCGUAGCGUGGGCACUACUCGACGUUCUCGGUCAGGAUCCCGCGGCGGCGAGAGGCACGGAGCGCGGCGCCGUCACCGCCGACGCCGCGACGGCUCGGGCUCGCACUCGCGCGCCGGCACGCCGCUGCGCGACGAGCCCGACGCGCCGCCCGCCGAGCCGCGCCGCGCGCCUCGCGAGCGCCCUCCGUUACCCAUGAGUCUGCCUUUGCCCAAAUUCGCCGUCCAGCUCAUGCGCAACGCGCCCACCACUCCCCGGCCUUCCCCCGCGCCUGCGCCUGACUCGCCGCCACGUCCGCCGUCCGUCUCUUCUUCGAGUGGUGGUUCUGCACCGCAUUCGCCAUCGCUGGAGGAGCGCAUACGCAGCCUCGAUGAAAAGCUCAAUGGAUCGCGAGCGCCAGUCGACGUUCCCGACCGCGCACGUCUUCGGCACCGGCUGCUCGACGUCGAUAUCAACGAGGUAAAACCAUCAGAGGUUGUUCGCUCGUUACUUGCGAAACGUUCCGUUUUCGAUGAGGAUUCUGAGCGACUCGAAGGUGCCGGUCGCGCGCCCAGUCCUGGUAGCAGCCCUCGUGGGCGUAUUUCGGCACCCACGCCACGCGCGCUUCGCUACCCGUUCCCGGCACACCCGCCACCCCCGGCCCCGCCGCCGAGCGUGGCCGGCGACGCGGAGGCGGGCGCGGUCGAGCCCGGCGCCGCGCGGCCCCCGCCGAGCCUCGAGCCCCGCGGCCGCCCGCGCACUCCGCCGCCGCCGCCACCACCGCCAGAGCCCGAAUCUGAGCCUGAUACUGAUCCUAAGCUACGACCUGACCAGAUCGACACUGGGCCUCUAUUUGAAAGUGAUACGAAGUUAACCGAGAGGCGAGAAGAUUAUUUUUUGGGUGAUCGGGAAGGCGGGUCAUUGGUCACGACAAGCAGAAAAGAAGACAUUACUGAGGGUAAAGAAGUUGAUCUUACUUGCCGGGAAAGUAAUAAGAACUAUUCAAUUGCUUCUGCUGGUCUAAAUAACAAAACGAGUGACGUCACCGAUAGUCAGCCUACAGUGAUUGAUAAUAAACAGUUAAAAACCGAUAUAGUCAACCAAGAGGAGACAUUAAACAGCUCUUUUGCCUUUCAUUCGGAAGAUAACAGUGCUAAAGAAGUUAUGGAAAUGCUAUUGAAACGGGUAGAGAAAUUUAAUGAGGGUCAGAAAUUUGAAACGCAAGUCGAGAACACGUCUAAAUAUAAUAAAGAGAUUGGAAAAACAGAUUAUCACAAACACGAUGAUAGGUUUAAACUUGAUACCAAAAGCCAGUUAGAUCAGUUUUGCUCAACAGAUAAUCAUAUUAGCAAGGACACCCAUGAAAACCAUAACACCAAAGAUUUUAUUGAGUUUGAAAUGCAGCAAAAUCAUUUGAAUACAGUCAAUUCUAUUAAAUCGGCUAAUUCAGAAGUCAAACAAGAUAUUAUAAAAAUUGCUGAAAAAGUUUUCAAGGAUCGACAGAAUCAUCACUACCAUAUUGGUAAGCUUGAAAAAGAAAAUAUUCAAUAUGAAAAGCCUACAGAAAAAGAAAGAAGUAAUGUUACUUUACUUGAUAAAAAAAAUGCAGAAUCUGAUAAAAAUAACGAUGAAAGAGUACGAUUAGAUCGUGAUAAGAUAAGACACUGCAAGGAUAGAGUUCAAGAAAAAGAUAAAACUGAAUCCGACAAAUUAAAAUGUAGUAAAUCUGAAAGAAAUUCUGAUAAAGAUAAAAAGUCAAAAGAAGAGCAAUUUCAUGAAAAAAAUGUAACCGAUAAAAACAAACUCGAUAGGGAAGCAGAAAGACACCAGAGAGAAAAAAAUGACAUCGAAAAAGUUAAACAUAGCGAAGAAAAAUCUUACCGACAUGACCAUCACAAAAAAAGUGACAGAGACAAAAGAAAGGACUCUAUAGAUAUUGAUAAUUCAUCUACAAAAGUUAAAAAAGAUGAUAAACACAAACACGAUCGAUCCAGGAAGGAUAAUGAUUCAAAACGAGAAGCUAAAAAAGAAUCUGAAUCUGUAAAACAUCGAAAAUCCUCCAGAGAUGAAACGUCUAGGGAACUAUGUCGAAAAGAUUCUACUGAUUCGUCGACAUCUAGGGCGUCGCAUGAAUCAUCCAAACUUAAAGAUUUAGAAAUAAUUGAUGCGAAGGAUGACCUAAAAUCAAAGUCGAAACACACUGAACAAUUUGCGAAACAUGACGGCGAUAAAGAAGUACCUUCAAAGUCUGAUAUCAAAGAUGAAAAAGAUACAGCCAACCAAAAUAAACAUGAUGUAUCUGUAGAACAUAACACUAAAUCGAAAGGUGAAAUGGGUGAAAAACAAAGACAUUAUUCUCUAGACUCGCCCAGUGUAGACAGUAAGCGGAAGGAACGUUUAAACUCAUGUUCAAGUCUGCCAUCUAACAUUGGACAUAAGCGGAGAAUGUCUUCUCAGGAUAGUGUUGAUAUAUUCAAUGAAGAUGUCAAAAAAUGUAGGAGUGAUACAAAAAUUUCGGAACGAAGGGAUUCUAAAGAGUCACGGUCCGAUAAUCGACAUAAAACUGCAAAAUUUAGCAAAGGCCAUUUUGCGAAGAUAAUCGAAAGCAAAACAAAAGAAGACAAGAAAAAUCAGGUUAAACCGCCCGAUGAUGGCUAUAUUGAAAGUAAGACUACUGAGUCCAAGGACUCCAAGAUUGCAGACAAAAACAAAUCUUACAAAAAGACCGGAGACGAUGAAAAUUAUGAGAAACCGAAUACGGAAAUAAGUACAGAAGGUCUGCAAAAUGAUUUGGAUUUUCUUGCUACAUUAGAGUUGCGUUCAAGUGAAGAAGACGAAAGGCAAAGAGCUCUCCGUAAAGAGAUGAAAGAAAAGAAGAGAAUUCAACAAUUACAACAAAUUCAGGAAUUACAACUGCAACGGGACGCGUUACAACCAACUGAAUAUAUGGGUAAGAGCAAAGAUGAUAAGAAAAAGUGUGAUGAGAAAAAGAAAGAAAUCGCUCGUGAAAAACGAAUGUCCACGGAUCGUAAGAGCAGAGAAGAAAAAAUCGAUCACAGUAAACGCAAAAGUCGCAAACCUGUGCAUAGCAGUGAUAGUUCUGAUUCCGAUGAGCCCAAAAAACAUUCAAUCUUUGACAUAAUCGAUGAUGGGCCGACUUAUAUAUCUAUGUAUGAUAAAGUAAAAGCUCGUUCGUGUAAAAAUAUGCAAAAACAAGAAGAGGAAAAACGUCAAGAAAAAAUUAAGGCUAAGUUUAGUCAGUUAAAACAAAGCAGAGCAAAACGAGAGGAAAAAAAGAGAUCCAGUUGGGACGAAGAUAGUGAUUCUGAUCAAGAUAGGAAAAAAUAUCUAUCGAUGGAUAACUCUUCUGAGGAUGACCUAGUAAUACACACAAAAAAACGUGAGAAAUCACAUCGUUUCGAUUUUGAGCCUAAUAAAACUGAUGAGUUUUGUGAUGGGAGCACCAAUGAAGAAGAUUUGCGUAACAAAUUGUCGCGGAAAAAUUCCAGAACUCGCAUUAUAUCUGAUACUUCUGAUGACGAAACCUCCAAAAGAAGCAUAAGCAAAAGCCCUUCUUUCCUCGAUAACAUAAAAAAAGAAUUGUUGUCUGAUUCCGAAUCUAUACCAAGAAUAAAACUGGAUGAUCUCAAAGAAUCGAAUGAAAUGCUUGCAAAGAAGAAUUCUCUACUAAACCUGUUUGGGAAGAGUGACAGCGAUGACAGUAAAGUUAAGUUAAAUCUUGAAAAAGAUAAUUGGUUUAAAUCCAGUUAUCUCAAAUCAAUGUGCAAUGAGUUUUCGUCUGAAAGUGAGUCGACCUGUAAUAAAAAUUCUGUAGAAAGCCGUAGGAAACAUAAGAAGAAGCAGAAAAAACAUAAACCCACAUACUCUGACGAUGAAAAAGGUGAAAACAAUGAAACUAAUAUACUGGAAGCAUAUAAACAUAAAAAUAUUGAAAAACAACGUAGGCACAGCAAUAAAAAAGAUAAAAGAAAAGACAAAUUGCGUGAAAGUAUUGACACUGAUGACACACGUGAAGAUAAAAAUAAAUUGAAACGAGAAAAAAAAUCUGCUAACAAUAAUUUUGACAGUAUGACUGAUACAAUUGGCACUGCUAUUAGGAAAGAUGGUAAAAUGGAAGAUAUCUUUGGUCCCUUAUCGGAUGAUUCUGACCGAGACACGCGACCACACCCGACUCAUAAAUUAGAUUAUUCCUCGCAUGAAGUCGAAUCUAAUUUUUGUGCUCACAACUCUGAGUAUAAAAUGAAAGAGAAAGAUGAGAGACGUAAAAAGGAAAAGAAACGCAAAGAAAACCGUUUCUUUAAGGAUGAUGACAAUAGUUUGGAUGUUGAUGCUGUAAGCAAAGCGAUAGAAGCUCGUCUGUUUGCUGAUGGCUUAAUAGACGAUGAUAGUUACCUUAAAGUAGAAACUCUUACUGAAAGUCUCAAUAAAUUUGAAAACAGCGACAUGAAAUAUGCUGAAGGUAACAUCAUAAGUGAAAUAGUUAAGCAUGAAAAAUUAAAAAGGGAAUGCAAAGAGAAAAAAAAGAAGAAAAAGAAAAAUAGAGAAGACCGCCAAAGUCGCAAAGAACACCAUACUUUCUUUCAUCAAGAUAAGGGUGACAAAUCAGAACAUGUGACUGAGAAUCAAGAAGCUUCAGCUAAAACAUUGCUCUUAGACAUACCUUUGCCCAAUGAUGCCCAAACAGUUAAUAUAAAUAAAAUUGAAACCUGUUCACCUAUUGAAUCGCCAAGUUUACCUAGAUUAACAGACAGUCCUCCAAUUUUAACUCAGUCUAAUGAAAAUGCAGAUCCAAAGAGUAUUGAUUCGAAAAAUGAGAUGAAUGACGGCAUCAAAAUGGAGUAUGUAGAAAGUAAAGAGAUAGAAAUUGAAGAAAUUCCAAUGCCGCCACCAUUUGAAACAAUUCUUACUGAUAUAAGCGAGGUGCCGUUGCCCAAAGAUCCUUUACCCACGAAACCCAAUAAUAAUACGGAAGAUAGUUUCUUGUCCAGCUUUAGUAGUGAUGGUGAUUCCUGUGAAGAUGCGGUGCGAAAUAUAUCAAGCUCUGAAAAAGAAGGAGAUAGAAGCGAAAAACCAGAACAAAAUUCGGAAGUUGUAGAAAUUUCGCCUUGCAAGUUGGAGAAGAAAACGGAUGAAAAACCUCGAGCUAUUAUUUCUCAGGAAGAAACCGAGGAUGCAGUGGCAGCACUUUUAGGUGAAAGUUUCGGCGGAAAAAUAAAUGCCUUUACUAGCUGCUAUGAGGAGUCUGAAAAUAACCCAACACAUGAAAAUGAAAUUGAAAUAACAACAAUAGAAAAUGAGAAUAUACCGGAAGAAGACGCCGAGGAAAUGAGACAAGCAGUACAAAACUUAAAUGCGAGUGAAAUGGAAAUGAAGCCAGACACUCCAGUUUCAGAUAGUGACUUAUUACUGAUAGACACUGACACAGAAGAAACAGAAGAAACAACUCAAGAUGCAAUAGAAAAAUUACCCGUUAAUAUUAUAGCAACAAAUCAAGCUUUGAAUACAAUUGCGGAACAAAAGAAAAAUGUAGAUGUGCCAAAUAAUUUAAUUUCUGAUACAAAAACAAACGUGGUUUCCACUGUAACUACUACAUCUAACGAUUCCAAUGUCAAAACAAAAGAAACAGAUGUCAAAAUACAAUUAGCUAAAAGGGACAAUGUCCAAAUAAUAACGUCUACAGCAACUCCUGUGAUUACAUCCUGGACCCUGACAAAUAAUAAAAUGUUGGAGCCACAUGUUUUAAACAUCCAGUCUAAUGCUAUUUCAAACAGAGAGAAACAUGAGAUAAAACCUAUAACUGCAAAUAUUGUUCAAAUUAAAGCCCCGUCGACCCAGAAUGUGCAAGCAAAUAAUUCUCCUAGACCAAUUGUAGCCCAAGCACGAGUGACAGCUCCAUAUCAGGUCAUUAAUCAGAUGAUUCGCAGUCAGGCUCCUAACAUACAGCCACCAACCAUAAAAAUUCCGGAGCCACACAUUUUGUACCAAAAACCACAAGGUAUCGUAAUAUCACCCCGAAUGUCCAAUGAUCCUAGAAUGCAAAGCCCCAAAGCUAGCUCACAGAAUGAAAGUAUGACAUCACCUAGACUAACGAAUAUGGCUAUUCUAAGUACAUCACCACAAAAUAUUAGCUCAGCUGGAAUGACAUCACCUAAUGCCAUACAACAAAGAUCACCUGGACAAGUUACUGUGGUUCGAAUGCAACAACCUCCGUUAAGCCCCAUUCAAACAAUGCACAUUCCACAUGGUGCGAGAACAAUGUUGUCUCCGAAUAGACCUAAUUCAGUGCUAGUACAAACCCAAGGUACGCCGAUCCAUUUUAAUAGGUUGCCUGUAACUCCAGUUUUGACUCCUAUAUCCAAACAAAUGAAUGUCAACAAUCUUAUUCAACAAAAUAAAGGGAUUUGUGUCUCUGCACCUUUAAUACAUCAGCAAAAAAUCAUAUCAGGGGAAUGUAGAAAGAGUGACCCAAGAAAUGUUACUGAAAAUACAAAUGAAAAUACAAAAAUAAUUUUGUCUCCAACUAAUAUUCAACAUAGCACAAAUCCGACUGUUAUGGCUCAAAACCGUUUGAUAUCAAUGCAAAAUGCAAUACAUGUAAGCAGUAUGAAUACUGUUCAUCUGAAUAAUAAAGUUGUAAUAAGCACUGUCAAUCAAAUAAAUGAUAAAAGAGAAAAUCUGUCACAGAAAUCAGACAAAGUUAAUCAUUUACCUUUUGGUUCAACUCCAAUAAUACACGUUGCUGCUGUGAAUAAUACAGCAUCUAUCAUACAAGGUAGUAGCAAAUCCGCACCUAUACAAGAAGCUAGUACGAUAAACAGAAUCCAAGGUUCUAAUGUUAUUCAUUCUUUAGGCUCGCAGAGGCUAAUAACACAAGCACCUCUGUUAAAAAUAGACACCAAAAAAGGACCAGCGUCUGUUCUGUCAAUGGCUACAAUAAGACCACCAUCAGUUCUUGCCAAAUUAGGAUUAUGCUCGUCGCCAACUAUGACAACAACUAGUAUUAGUAAUGUUUCGCCAUUAUUACUGAAAACUACUUGCUCAGGGUCUAUAAAAGUGAAUACAAAAUUUGAUAAAGAUAAUAACGAACCAAUGAAGGCCUUGAUUUUACAAAACCAUUCAACAGACAAUGAAUCCAAAGUCGACACAAAAACAGAUCCAGUUAACUCUUCAAUAUCCCUGAGUGAGGAUAGUAAGAAAGAAAAAGCAGACCAGAGAGAAAGAACAGUAGCCAAACCAAUAUUAUCUCCUGUUGAUAUUACUAAGUGUGAGACGGACUUUGAAGAGUUGUUGAAAGAUAAUACAAAUGAGAUAAAAGUGACCAAUGAUCCCGAGAAGAAGUUGGAAAUAAAUGUGGGCAAAACAGUAACAUUAAUAACCGGUAGUAAAGAGAACCGUGACACAAAUUUAACGAAAAACAUAGAUUGUCUGAAGACGGACAAUGAGUUAAAUAAGGGCCAUUCUCAGUUUCCACCUAUGUCAUCGCAAUCUGUUAUCGACAAAGAGAACAUUACUAGUAAACCCGCAGAGAUAGUUAAAGUAUUGCCUCGUGCUGAAAAUAACACGGUAAUGGCAACAUUACCAUCUGAACCUAUGACCUGUGAAAAGUCGGACGUAUCUGUUAAUCAUGAUAUCAGGAAUACAUCUAGCGAAAGUGAAUCUUCGUUUAAUAUGGAGAAUCUUAUAAAAUCUGAAGAAUCUAAUUUACGCAUAUCAGAGCAAGACGAAUCUAAAAUAUGUAACAGUCCAAUCAAAAAUGACGAGAAUGAUGAGAAUGAUUCUUGGGGUGGUAAAGAGUUAAAUUUAGAAUCAGUAUUAAAAAAGGUGGAAUCAUUUUGUAACGAAGCAGAUGAAUCUAUUAAAAAAACAGACGAAGUGGGUGACGAUGUUGUUGAUCCCAUAAAAGCUAGCUCGAACAUAACGGAUAAUAUAAUUAACCAUACUCCACAUAUAAAAUCAACAAAUGUUAGUAAUACACCAAUCGAUAAUAUCUUAGAAAGUAAAAUAAAUGAAGAGAUUUUGCCUGAUAAAACUAUAACCGCAGCUACGACCAAAAGAGGGGGUCGUAAUGUAAGGGGCAGGAAAAUGGAUAAAAAUCAAGACAGAGUACAGACUCGGCAAAUUUCUAAACCUUCAAGAGGUGGUACGACUUCAAAAAGAGGUAGAGGUAGAGCUAAAGUUGACAAGAAAGUAAAAACAUUUGUUAACAGUGGAAGUAAUAUGCCAGGAGACGUUUAUGAUUUUCACGAAGAUUCUGGGGAUGAAGCAGCCACAUCGCCUAAUAAAACUGAAACAAGGCCGAGGUUGAUUUUAACCAUCAAGAGUCCACUCUCAGGACAUUCCUCUAUGACUGCCACUUCGACGCUCAGCAUAGCUCAAAAAGAACAAAUGAAAUUUAUUGAAAAAAAUAAAGAAGAGAAAAACGAAGACUUUAUUACACCAUCACCAAAUACUCGCAAAUCUAGAAGGCUUCAGGAGAAAGACGUUCAACGAAGCACAGUAGACGAUGUAAUAGAUGACGUUAUAAAGGGUCCCAUUGGUCAAUCAAAAAUUGGAAAAGAAACUAAUAAAAAGCGGCCCACAAGACAAGCUGUUGUAAAAGCGAAUCAGGAAAAGUCUCCGGGGUUUGACACAACACGGAAAUCGCCACGCGGUGCUAAACGCAUUAGAGACAGAAGCUUAUCGGAUGCAUCCAUCGACAGCGGCGACGAGAGAAACAUCAGAGAUUGCGUUCGUGAUCCAAAGGCUCCACGUCUCGACGAAACUGCAACAGAACCGGAACCUGCGGCCGCGCCGCGCAGCGCUGCGCCUGCUGGCUGUGUCCCGGCCGCCGCUUGCGUGCCGGCCGCCGCACCCGAGGCGCCGCCCGCGCCCGCGGCGCCGCUGCUGCCGGCCCCGCACGCGCCACUGUUGCCGGCUCCGCACGCGCCGCUGCUGCCCGCCCCGCACGCGCCGCUCAACACGCCUGCGCCACACUCUACGCCUGCGCCACACUCUACGCCUACGCCUAUUACAAAACCACCUAAAAAGAUGAUCUCCGAGAUCAGCGCCAAACUUGCGGGCACUUUCGACGCAGUCGUCACGGCGGCUCCCAACGAACGGCCGGCGGGCGAGGCUCCGUCGUCGCCCUUGGCGCAGGGCGGCGCGGAGCCGGCGCGGCGGCGGCUGGGCGACGGCGUGCCGGGCGCGCUGGUGCCCGUGGGCGCCACCGAGGCGUCGGACGCGCGCGUGCAGUCGCCCGCGCUGCCGCACUGCGGCGAGCGCGCCACGCCGCUGCUCAUCCGCUCCGUGGCGCGCGCGCGCCCGCCCGAGCGCGCGCCCGACGCCUUCGACGAGCGCCCCGCCGACGCCUUCCGCUACGCCGCCACCGCCUCGCUGCCGCGCGGCGCGCACCACCCGCCGCACCCGCCGCCCGACCACCACCUCAAGCAGGUGGCCGUGGUGGGCCCGCACCACCACCAUCCCGGUGCGGCUUCUAGAGUUACUAUUGCGAGUGUGCCAUCAAUCAGUCCGCAAGGUCAAAUGGGAAUGUCUGCUGAUUUAGUUGGAAGUCCUCCGCCUGCACAUCAACAAACUUCUCCGGUUAUUUCGGUAUACCAUAACGGCGACGGGAUGUAUCCUCAUUUUUCUCAUCAACAUUACCAAAUGUAUCAGCAACAUUUCCGAGCCACACAGCACGAAACUCGAGCUACACCUUCUCCAUAUACAAGGUCUCUAGAAGCCGAAGGGUCGGAGGCGCCCACGCCGCCGCUGGAGCUGCGGCGGCCGCCGUCGGCGCGUGUGCCGGCCGGCCGCCUGUCGCCCGCCGCUUUCCGCGACGCGGCGGGCGGGCGCGCGUCGCCCGGCGCCUACCGCGAUGUGCUGCGGCGCGCGCCCGGGCCCGUCUACGCCGCCGGCUGCGGGCGCUCGCCGCCGCCCGCGCACGCCUCGCGGCCCGCCGGCGCGCUGCCGCCCGGCGCGGGCCCUGCGCCCGGCCCGCCGCACGCCUCGCAGGUGCCGCGCGAGGCCGACUCGCUGCAGAUGCUGCUCCGGCGCUACCCGGUCAUGUGGCAAGGGUUGUUGGCACUUAAAAACGACUCGGCUGCCGUUCAGAUGCACUUUGUAGGCGGCAACCCGGGCGUCGCGGGCGACACGCUGUCGAGACACGCGGACGGCUCGACGCCGCUGUUGCGUAUUGCUCAACGGAUGCGCUUAGAGCAGCCGCAGCUGGACCAAGUGCACCGCAAGAUGAAGAUGGAAAACGAGCACUGCAUGCUCUUGGCUUUGCCGUGCGGUCGUGAUCAUAUGGAUGUACUACAGCAGUCUACUAACCUUACUGCCGGCUUUAUUACAUAUCUCCAGCGCAAACAAGCUGCUGGGAUCGUAAACAUAGCACCGCCCGGACAUCAUCAGGCCAUGUUCACAGUUCACAUCUUCCCUUCGUGUGAGUUCGCUAAUGAGAAUUUAAACCGUAUCGCACCAGACCUGAUGCAUCGUGUUGCAGACAUCGCACACUUACUUAUUGUUAUAGCUACUGUUUGAGGUAUGCUCUAUGAUAUUGAAUACAAUUUCGCAAGAAAAUUUACAAACUUGUGGAAAGCUAAAACUUGACGAAUCAGUCCUGAUCUUAUUCAUGGACUCACUCUGGACAUGACGCAUUUAUUCCUUAAACGUUUGCUUCAAAUAUUAUAUGAAGACAUUAAACCGUCAUCGAUUUAGUCGAUCUUAAGAAGGCAUUGUAAAUACGGCCAGGUUGUGAAAUUUUUAUCUUCAUUUUUAUUGUAGUAAUAGAUCGACCUGGUAGGAGUAAAUAUUGAAGUAACUAUAGAUUUUUUGUCAUAUUAACAGUGACAAAACUUCUGAGGAAUUGAGUUGUAAUACCUCUGAGAAAGUGAACUCUCUAGGUGGUAAUGUAACUUGAGUUUAUUUAUUGUUAUCGCGUAUCGCGGCGUCGUCUCUGACGGCUCGGGAUCCCCACACGCGCCUGUAUAAAGUCUCACAUAGAUAAGCAGCCGUCAGUUAUUUAAGUACUAGAUAUAAGUCAUAGCUUAUUCAUUGUAAAAUACUUUUGUUAUGGUCGACUGGGUUCGACGAUGUUCGGAGUUUAAAUUUUUAAAAAAUAAUGAUAGAUGGCAAAGUCAGUUGAUAAAUAUAUUUAAUUUUGGGUUCUGAUUAGAUGAGUGGCAAUCUAUCGAGCAUUUUUAUUGUUAGUGUAAAUUGUUAUUUUGUUUUAAGCGAAUUAGGUCUAAAAUAAUUUAAAUUUUGUAAAUAUCGAAUCUAUCCGUACUAAAGUUCGAUUUCGCUUAGGUCAUUACGGUAGGUAAUGGAAACUCAUGAAUACUGGGUCGAAUGAUUACUGUUUACUUGUAAAAAUCAUAGUUACGUAGUUAAGUUAUAUAAGAUAGUAAGGGAAAAAUACAUGUGGAAAAUAAACUGUGAUUCUGACUUUUUAAUGUAGACUGUAGGUAGCCCUAUUUUAUGGAGCAUAUGGAGCAUAGAGUGCAGUGUGCUACUAAGCGAACGCGCAUAGACGGCGCGUACGGCCUCGCCUUUAGCGAUAUCGGAAAUAUGUUCAAUACUGUUCUGAAAGACUAUCUUUUGAAUUAGCUAUAUAACAGUGCGAAGUCAUAUUAUUCUUUGAUUUAUAAACUGCUAAAAAUUUAUCGCUAAAAUGAUGAUCAUACUUUGUUGUGAUUUUUAUGUAUUAAUAGAAACUGCGUUUUCAGUAUGACAAUAUUGUAUUAUAUCAAACUAUUAUGCCAAUGUCAUAAUUUUCUGCAGUUGUAAUAGUUCACUAAAAGACUUCGCAUAUUUACGUAGGUAUAAACUUCAUUCAAUUGCAAAUGUAAACAUAGAUUAAUAAAUAUAUAGUAGGCGGUAUCAUUGCAAUAUCGCCUUUUAUUAAAAAAGGCUAUCCCAGCGAUUAUUGUUUGUGUAUUGGCUUUGCGUCGCUUCUUUCUUCGUAACGGUUUUAGAUCGAAUGUGAACUACUGUUACGAGGUGUGAAGCGUUGCUUGGAGCAUGGCAGACUUCAAACAAAUGAGUGCUUGACAGUUAUUGUAUUAGCUGAAGUAAAAAGAUCCUUAAAAAUGAAUGACCGACGAAUUUAGUGUUGAUUCGCCGCGGUUUCAAAGCGUCCAGAGCUGCAUUACUUCCCGAACCCGUGUAAAAAGGACCUCUUGUCUAAGUUAGUCCUCGUUUCCUUAUAUUAUUUUUUUUUUGCAUAGAUAUGCGAGCUUGGAAUACUUGUGUGCUCAGCGAUCAUAAUACAAAUUAGUUAAUAAAGUUACAAAUUAAUUUUAUUAUUUAUUUAGUCAGUUAAUGUAUUUCUUCCGAGGUGUAAGAAUAUUGCGGUGCGUCGCGGCUUUUUCAUAUUUAAAUAUUUUUUAUUAGUUAAUGAUUUAUAAGCUUUUGUAAAGGUAGAGAAAUAUGCAGAAUAAAUUAUUACUAUUUGGUCACGGAUACAUAUAUCAUAGUAUGUAUAUCUUUCUAAAUAUUAAUAAGUACAAUAACUCGUAUCAAUUACACCAUUUAUAAAUGAAGAAUGACUGAACCAGUUUGGCUGAAAUUUCAUGAGGAAAAGUAGCUUAAAACUAGGGAUACACAUGGCGUUUUGAUCCCAUCCGGGUAAAGGAAGUAGAUCACCGAGACACGGAUGAAACCGCUGGCGGAGGCUUGUUGUUAAUUAGAAUUAAUCGAAAGCACGAUACAUGUAACAUUCCUUAAAGGCACAAUAACGGAUCGGCAUUCUUUUGGUUGAAUGAAUCAGUCGUACAGCAGCCAGCUGAUGUACGUCGAGCGCCUGCCCAUACAGUGUCGACGUAUUCGGAUCUCAUUGCUGCUUUAAUUGCGGGCCGCCGCUCAGGUUAUCUCUAUUUGUACUCGCCAUCCUCAUUUGCCGCUGUCCACUUGCUUUUUCAAUAAGCGAUUUUUGUACUUAUAACGCAUAAUGAUAAAAAUAUGUUCUAAAAAGCUUUACUUGAUAACUUUCAAUACAUUUAAACUAACAAUAUUGUACUUCUCAUAAUUUAAGUUCUAGUGAUAUUGCCACUUUCUGAUUCGAGUAGAAGGCAUUUCACAUAACUUGCAUUAUUAUUAUAGUUAGAUAAUGGUGCGACUGUGCUGUCGUACGUAAAAUAAAGUACAAAAUAUUUUAUGUAUUGUAAUUUUAUAAAGUACGAUAUAAAUUUAUAGCACAGGUAAUAUUAUUACGUAUAUUCUUUUUAAGGUUAAAAACUAGAAUGUAUAAAUAUGAAUAAUCAUAUUGUUUGUCAUAUUUCCGUCGCAAACAGUUCUUAACUUGGCUAGGAGGAACACUAACGAACUCAUCACUUCGUCCAUUAAUUUUAAAAUAUCUAUAAUUUUACUAGCAAACAGAUGCCCAAUGAUGUACACUCUUAUAAAAUCAUAUUUAAACUCCUUAUGAAGGAGGUUAAUGUAAAUAAGUUUUCAUGAAUAAUAGUGAUAAAUAUGACGGUAUUUAGACACGCUAUUAAAAUAUGAUGUAAGAAACAUGCGAAUUAUAAAUUACUAAUUUAUUGCGUGAAAAUAUUUACUUCUUUUUGUAACUGGGGUGUAGUUAUUUUCUAAGUUGUGUUAAAUAAGUUCAUUUCUUCGUAUUAUUAUUUCCAAAUCCUUUCUGUUGUAUAAAUUGAACCAAAGCUGAAUACUUAAGCAUUGCUUAAGUUUGAGUGUUACUUGAUUACUUACUGUAGCAUGAUGAAUACUGUGCUAAUUCAGUUUAUAAAAGUCACCUUAAAUUGAGUAUUGUUUAGUAUUUGAUUAUGCAUUUGUAACUUAAUUUGUGAACCAACCUUUAAAAUAUUGACAAAAAUCUGCCUAGAUAAUAAUUACAUCCUUGAGAGGUAUGCUGAAAAUGUCAAUUAUUAAUACUAAAAUGUAUCAGAAUAUUAUGCAUAUUCCGAAAUUAUUUUUCGUUUUUCAAAAACAUUUACACAGUUACACACUUAACUGCAUGUGAGAAGUAUAAUAUAGUUUUGUUUAUUUAUGAUAUUGAGGCUAACCUCAAAGUGGUCCCACUUCGCAGUGGCUUCAAGUUGGUUUGUUGGGGCCACGGCGACGUCGGGCCCAGAAUUUGGCUAAAAUGUUUUAAUUCUGUUCAUGAAGUGGUUUUAUGAGGAUGGGACGGUUUAAACUUCGGGCCUCCUUCGCUUGCGACUGUUGUCGGUGUGUGAGAUGAUAGUUUAAAUAUUGUAAAAAUAACAUUUGAUCUCAAGUGUGCAGCAAAAGUGAACGUGAGUUAGAUUGUUGUAGAGCAACAGUCGCGUGCGGACACGACCCGAUGCCAGUGUGCUCGAUGUUGGUUUGAACUCUAACAGAGCGUACGUAUAGAAAAAUAUUGUGAUCAUAAUUAUAUUAUAGUUUUAAAGCUAGUAUAUAAAGAUAAUUGUAUAUUUUGUAAAUAUUGAAAAUAGUAUUGUAUCUUUACUUCCCUUAUCCAAACAACCCAGAAUCCUGUGUGUUAUGUACCUCCUACCUACCAAUACUAUUAAAAAAAUAUUACAUAA